AUGGUGGUGAAGACGCCGGUGUGGCGAAGCCCAGUGCCAGACGCAGAAGGGCCGACCCGACGUGCGCGGCGACGCGACGGAAGGCGCGUGGUAUUGUCCGUGCCGGACAGUGGCGUAGGGAGUGCACAGCACACCAUGGUACCAUUUACCCCGCCCAAAGAAGGUAAGAUCGGUGGCACCAAAGCUGGCAGCUAGCGACAUUUGACAGCUUGUUAUAAACUGCCAGCUGACGUCCCACGGGAUGGAACAUCAGCAAGAGUAUUGGAGAGAAGAUUCAAGUAUUGAAUCGGUACUUCAGAAAAGCCAUAAAUCACAUUUCCCCAAUUUGCUACGAGACACAUUAACUAUAUAAGUUAAGGAAUAAUGUAGUUUUGCCAUUCUUUGUAUUGCAACUGGGGAAGGAUACUAAAUGCUCUUAAUACACGGUUUUGAUUUUUUCUUUCUCAAAUACAUAUUUCAUAUAGAGAAAGUGUUGUAGUUCUUCAGGAAAAAAUCCAAGUAUUUUGUCUCAAAACCACGGUUCGUGGGUCACAAAUAACGAAAAAGCGUGUUUCUCAACACUUCUAUCCGCCUGCCUGACUGUAUAUUGAAACAAUAGUUUCUCAAAAGCAGUUGCGAUAUUUUCUUUCAAUGUUUGCUGAAUAGAGCAAGUUUUGUAUAAUAUUAUGCAAUCUGAUGAAAAGCUUGUCUUACGUCAUUAAUUUUGAUGAUAGGCUUUUGCGUAAUGUGCUGUAGACUUCUGUAGACCUGUUGAAAAUAAUUACAUCUAUCAAAACAUU